AGAACCCUGUUUUUGCCAAGUUUGUAUGUGACUUCCAGUAUGUAGACACCCUGUUUACAUGCUGCAUUCUCUGUGUUGCCAAGUGAGCAUAAGGUCACAAAUAGGACUACAUAAGGCAGUACAAUUGCUUCUAUAUUUGGCAAGCCUGACAGAUAUUUACAUUCUACAAAGCAUCAUCCAGUCUGAUUAAUUUACCAGAGGCAGAGCUUACAUCCUAUUUCCUGGUUUCUCCACAGAUGUAUAUCCAGACGGCCACACUGACCAUCUCCCUGAGCCUCAGUGCGUCGGUCUCCCUGGGGAUGCUCUACGUGCCCAAGGUCUACAUCAUUAUCUUCCACCCUGAGCAGAAUGUCCCCAAACGCAAGCGCAGCUUUAAGGCCAUCGUCACCGCCGCCACCGUGACCACUAAGCUGUCGCAGCUGGCAGCAGAGCGGCCCAACGGCCAAGUGAAGACAGAGUUGUGUGAGGGCGUGCAGACCAGCGUGCCACCUAUAAAGACCACCUAUGUCAGCUACACAAACCACAGCAUCUGAGCAAACAGCAGCUAUGAACCGGGGACUCUGAAGAACAGACCUGCAGCCAAACCUAAAACAGGAAGAAGGAGCCGAAGCAUCAGGGAGCUGCAGAGUUUGUGGUCUUAGAGGAAGCAGGGAGCUGCCCGCAUUGCUGCACGUCAGACAAUCACAUCAGAAACUAUUCAGGAAACAAAAACUGAACUUGAACUGACCGUAUUGUUGUAGUAUUUUAAAAAAGAGAAGUAACUUUGUUGUGAACGAAAGUUCUGGUGAUCCCAACCCGUACUCAGAUCAGUGGCUCAUUGAUUUUUCAAGCAUGUCAGUUUUAUACAAAUGAUCUAUUUAUAAUAAAAGAAGAUUUCA